AUGGAGCACAAGGGCGUGCGAUACGGUAUUCCAGUCGACAGCUUGAAACAUGCCGCUUCCAGUGGGCAGACACUCUUCCUUUACGAUUCGAAGUCAAAGACUUACCGAAGCGCUACGUCGAACGUUCCGACUUAUCACAUUCAAGAAACGAUCGAGCUUCCAGGAGGUGCGGAAUACGAAGAAACGACUGUUAGAGCUGCAAAGGCACUUGAAAAACCGCCGAGGAAACAACCCAAGAACCUGAAGAUGCGUUUUCGGCCUGUAGGCAGCGGUGAUGGUCCACCACAGACGCUUGGUUCGAGCGGCGAAGAGUCAGAAGGAGAAGAGCCUACGUUCAAAGCACCCGCAGGCGAGAAGGAGAAAGAACGGAAGCGCAAGCAUCAGUCAACAGAGGGUGAUGCGAGCCAGUCUGCUGGUUUACCGCGGAAAAAGUCCAAGAAGCACUCCAUCGAUAACGGCGACAACGCCGUGGAAGAGAAGGUAAAGAAGAGCAAGGACCGAGACGGCAAAAAGCGAAAGAAGGCAGAGAAGGCUUAA